AUGUCCGCCGUCCCAUCCCCCGAAGUCCGCGCCACCAUCGCCGAGAAGCUCGUCGCCCGCAGCCAGCGGCGGGCUCUUUUACAUCUGGGACUUUGUCAAGCGCACCGAGUACAUGCUUUCCGAGCAAAACGCGGACCAGCAGCCGCGCAGGAACUCUUCAACGACGUCUUCACGCGCUCCGUCACGAUUGACCAGCUCAUUGGCGGCCCGCCCAUGAUGCGCAACAUGAUGGGCAUGGGAGGGGAUAUUCCGCCUGAAGCUGCGGCGGCGAGCAAGGCUGUUUUGGAGGCGUUUCCCAAGAAUUAA